AUGUAUGGCCAUGACAGUGAUAACGAAAGCUCAACAUCGAAGGAAACGACUAAGGCGGGUCCGAGUCAAAAGCCAGUAAUCGUGACAAAGGUUGAUACACGACAAGCAAUUACUGAGGCGUAAGUUGGUUAAUAACAUGUUGGUAUUUUAGGCAUUGUAUAAUUAAAUGGUAGUAUAUUAGAUAACUUAAUGAUAGGGUGGGUUUUAUGUAAUGUUUGGUUAUAUUGUAGUAGGGUAGACAACUUUCUGUGUUAUAAAUGCGCCUAAGGAUUAAGUUUGUAAUUGUGUUGCUCAUUAGUUGUUACUGAAUAUCCCUACUAUAAUACAAAUUUUCAGUGCCAGUCAAUCCAAGCCAGCAGCAGCACCACGAAAAUCAAGUGGCACAAGCAAGGGUACAGCUCAAACCGAUAAGGAAUUUGGAAUAAAUCAGCCGAAAACCCCAGAAAUUAGAAGAAAAGGCAUGGAGAAGAAGAAAAGUAACAGUAGUUUUGAACCUUCCGAGAACUUUGCUACUCGACGACCAUCGCUGGGGUCUUGUAAGUGACGUUUUACACAUUUUAUGUUAUGAACAACAUAUAAAAAUGCCAUUUUAAAAUAGGAGGUACCUCAAUAAAAGUAUCAUUUUCAGUAGAAAACAUAACCGGCCCAAACUCAAUGGCAGUUCACCUCUUUCCACGAUUAAGCGAGACCAACCUGGGUUACCAUGACAUUCAUUGGAAUUACGAUUGGCUCAGUAAUAUAAGCCUAAAGGAUGUGGCUGGACUGGAACCGAGCAAGGCUAUGGUAAGGAAUGUCGUUACACAAUAGGAAAUGGCCAGAACUUUUUUUGAAAAGUUUAGAAUUGCAAGAAUUUGGUUUAUAAAGCUUAAAGUUGCAAGAACUUUCUUUACAAGACAUAAAAUGGCAAUAACUUUCUUUACGAAACUUUUUAAAAAGUUUAACUUUAUUUUACUAAAAAUACAAUUUCCAGGACCUCCGGCUAUUCAAAAGACAUGUUCGCGUUUCAAACACUUUCAAAUUCAGUAAACUCCAACUGACCGGUAAACCCCAAGUCGACUUGGAAAGCCGUGACAUUGAGUCCUUCUUUCUUAAAAUCUGUUUAAUCGACCAACUUCACGACCAGAAAUUGGUCUCAAAUGAUUUAAGACUGCUAAUAGAUCUUUACCAUUCAAGGAUAAGAUCAAUAUCAACAUGGUGCACGAAUGCCGCUCAGUAUUCCGCUUUGAUUAGGUCGAAUUACCGACAACCGGAAGUGGUCGUUCGGAUCGAGCUGUUUCAUCAAAACGUCAGUUGCGGUCAUCAUGACAUUCCUUUAUUGAAUAGUCAAGGAAAUUGCUGCUUGGAGGUGAGUUUUUUAUUGUACUUUGUACUGUAUACUCAAAAAUAGAAUUUUUAAACGAAAAAAGGGUAAAUCUAAUAAUUUCUAAAAUCGAUACCGAUAUAAAGUUAUACCUCCACUUUGAUGAAGUGUAACUCUUGGAAUAAUAUUUCAAACUUGACAAAAUUUUUAAAAUUAGUAAAUCGGAUCAUUUAAAGUCUUUUGUCUGAAUUUCGUGAGUUAUUGUAAGGAAUUCUAUUUUUAACUUUUAUAUUGUAUACCUCAACUUCGAACAAGCAUAAAUUUUGCCAAAAUUAACCUAGUGCAAUAAAAUUUUAUAGAUAAAUAGAAAAUAGACUGGGCAACAUCUGUACAAAAUUUUUACCAGAUUCAUUUGUAACUUUAGAAGUUAUGCACGAUCAAAGUUGUAGAACGUCGCGACGCGUCGAGCUUAUAGCGGAUUUUGUGAUAUUUAAUGUCUGGCAUUUUCUUUAGACGCUACAACAAUAUAUAAAAGACUAAAAUUCGUUUUACUUUUAUGUUAUGAAAAAAAUAUCGUCAUUUCUUACUUUGUAAAUCAAAUUUUAUUAUUAUCAGGUCGAAAUGUCAACAGAUCGAGUCUGCGACGAAGUGUCAGAAAAAUUAUCGGAAAAACAGAAAGUUGUUUUUUGAAGGAUAACUUUAUGUUUCCGGCAAAAAUCUCAGAGCUAGAAUUGUUUUUGAGGUUUUUUUAAUAUUUUAUAUUAUAGCUGUAACAUUUAUCUUUGUUUUUCUAUUAAAUUAUUACUUACUUAUAUAUUUUUAAGUUAUCCAUAAUCAAUGACUAACUUCUCUAACUUUCAGCCAAACAAAAUCAAGUCAUUGAGCUUCACUGACUACAAAAUUCAGCUGGAAAUCACAGAGAAUAGCUCCAAAUCAUGUCCACAAGCCGAUUAUCUUCCAGACGUAUUGAUUUGUCCGGAGAGUUGGAUCGAAAUCAUAAUGUAUUACCGAAAAAUCUGCGCUGAGGUCUUGGCCAACAGAGAAUUGUGCCCAUUCCCAAGUAGUAAGUUGACUUUGCUUUGUGUUUUUUAUUUUUAGGGGUGUGUUAGAGAAUGAAGAAUAUUUUUUGGCAAUAUUGUGGUAUGGAUAAGCGUAAAAAUGACAAAGAAAGCGAUUUUUUGCAAAAUUUUGAGGGCAAAUCUGAUGGUUUAGGUAUUAUCAAGGAUUUUAGUUGUUUUCAUUGUUGUUUUUUGGGUAUGUGCUGAACGAAAAAUCUUUGUAAAAGCUUUAUUUGAAUAAUUUUAUUCAUAAAAGUUAUUUUAUUAUGUAAGUUUUGUUGACAUUGCCGAGUUUUCGAUCAAAGACAUGGAUAAUAUCGGAAAAUAAUUUUUUAACGGCAAAUCAUUCUUUGCGCCCUUAUCUUUUGGAUUUAGAUAAUCAUUGAUAUAAUAAACAGUUUCAAAUGUUUCAGCAUACAUUGUGGAUCCAAUAGUAGCGACAUUUCCCUUCGCUUGCGAGCAACCACGUUUAAUCAACUUGUUCAUCAAGGAGCUGAAGUUACGUCAGGUGGGUAACUUCUUUUUGUUUUUUAUGGGUAAAAUACGAAUUUUCAAUUCUUUCGUUUUAUGUUAGUUAAAGCUUGAAGAGUUUUGUUUAAAAAUUUGUUUAAAAUUAAAAUACUGAGGAUGUUAUUUAUGAGGAUCAGACAACGUAUAAGAAAUAGUUUAUUUUGCUCAAAUAUUGUGAUUGUCAGUUGACAUAUAUAUUGAAUAAGCUAGUUUGAAAGAUUUACAAUUGUUAGUUGUUGGAAAUAAUCAAAUAUUUAUAUAAAAAAGAAAGAUAAUAUAAAUGUAUACUUAAAAACAAAAAAACCACAAAAAACCAAAAGAAAGAAAAAAAAACUGAAAACACUAUUUCCAGACAUACGAUGUCACAGUAUUCCGUGAUGUAUACAUGAAGUAUGUUUUCCCGUUUGUCCACACAGUCAACUUCACAAACGAUCAGAUGGUCCUCGACUGUCUGGACAGUUUACAUCGAAAUAACCACGAUUCGACCGCAUUUUUGUCUCAACAAGAAUGUCGACCGUUUUCGUUGUUUGAACAUAGUGUUCAUCUUUCUGGUUCACAUGUUGUUGACUAA